AUGUCAAAAGAGACCCCUAAACACAUAGGCUCUUUGAACAAGUCAUUCUCCAAGAAAUUCAAUGAUUCAUCUGAUGAAGAAUUUAACUUUCAUUUGAUCCAAUUUGGUGACAAACAAAUAUUAAACAUAUCUAUAAAUGGAAUUCUAGAUACAACUUUCAAAUUGCCAAUAUCCACCAAAAGAACAAUUGAUUAUGAGUCAAUGAUGGAUUUGAACGAAGAUGACGAUGAUCAAAUAAAUGAGAACAGAUUUCUACCGGAGCCACAACUAUUAAUUGGUGAUUAUUCGAAUAUGAAGAUUUCUAUAAUUGCAAGUCAAAUUGGUAAAAUUAUAUCAUUGAACUACCCAAAAGAAACAAUACUAUCAAUUGGGUCAAAAUGGUUUGGAAAAGGUAAUGAGGUUAAUGAUGAUGAUUUUGAGAAAUUAAGUUUUAUUAUUGAAAACGUUAAAAAGUUGUUUUGA